UGCAGGUAGACACACAUCCAUUCUGUGUGAACAGAGAAUCAGUGCUAGUAACUUCUGUCCUCAUGGCUUGGCACUUGCCGCUGCUUGUUUCUUUGUUUGUGGUGUUUGCCAGUGGCUUCACUGAAGCGACCACCACAAGGCGCAUGGAUGACUUCAUCAGUGCUGUGGAGAGAAUUGAAGCAGAGAAUCCAGGACUUCAGAUGCUCGAUGUGGUCAAAGGUUUACGUAAGGCUGCUGGCUUUGAAACCGACCUCAUCAAGCGUCACCUCGGCGUCCUCAGUGAUGCACGCGACCUGGCGACAGAACCAUCCGUCAUUUCAUUCUUAAGCAAGGUCAUUAAUCACAGCAUAUCACAGUUGGGUGAGGAGGAAGGUGUAGUUCUGACUUUAGAUGGUUCAAAUGUGGCGUUGGCCCCAAUGCUCCUCGGACUUGAGGCUGGGCUGCAGUCGGCCAUCCAAGGCCUGUACCCUUUAACCUUGACCGAGAACCUGGUUGCCUCUUUGGUCCAUCAUGCCCACAAUGAGCAGUCCACCGCUCCUCUGGGCACUAAAGGUUUUUGGGAUAGCAUUAAAUCCCCAAAGGUGUACACUCUCUCUGGUUUGCCCUCCUUGGCAACAGACGCCCUAAUAACCGGAGGAGUGGACGGGUUCAUCCUCGGGUCGGAAGUUGCCACGUCUGACUUUCGUGAGCUUUCACUGAGUGACUUGGUGAAGAGUUACUACAGCCACCAGCUUGACGCCGCAGGGUUGGACGCAGCGCCCCGUCUGAUUAGUCAAAAUCGAAGGAUGAACUUUAAAAAGGUCGUCAGCUUCUCUUUGCUGAAAAGCCAAGUGGUUCAGGCUCUAACAGUUCGUCGUAACUUAAAUGAGUCUGAGAGGAAGAGGCUGGAUGAUGUCGUGAACGAGGGGUUUGAGCAAUUUGUCCAUGUGUAUGCGGUUUGUCCUAAAAUCAUUACGAGGUCUCAAUGGGGGGCAGCAUCUUACAUCGGCUCUCCCUCCUAUCUGUCUCUCCCUGUGCCGUACCUUUUCAUCCACCACACAUAUCAACCCUCCAAGCCUUGCACCACCUUUGAGCAAUGUGCCAGUGAGAUGCGGUCCAUGCAGCGCUACCACCAGCAAAGCAAUGGAUGGUCUGACAUUGGAUACAGUUUUGUUGCAGGCUCUGAUGGAAACUUGUACGAAGGCCGCGGCUGGAAUUGGGUGGGUGCGCACACUUACGGGUACAACUCCAGAGGCUAUGGCGUCUGCUUCAUUGGAGAUUAUACCUCCACAAUCCCCUCCAGGAGUGCGAUAAACAUGGUGCGGUACGACUUCACAAGCUGUGCUGUGAACGGAGGUCGACUGUCUUCAUCUUACUCCUUGUAUGGACACAGGCAAGCCACUGCCACAGACUGCCCAGGAAAUGCCUUCUACCGUGAAAUCCAGACAUGGGAGCGUUACCAGAGCUAUUUGCCUUGAUGACUGUGGCAUCAACAAUGGGCAUCUAAUUGUGUCUCUGGAACACAGUACAUGAUGUAUUACAUGUAUCUCUCAUAAUAAAUG